AAAGGCCGCCUUUCCCACCUCGCAUGUAAUAUGGUCCGUGUCGUGGUGUAAAAAUUACAUUUACGUUUUUUUUUCUUCUGUUUGUUUGCAUGCCUAACGACUCGAAGGCGGAAAAAAUAAGGCACACCGAUGGAAAGUUUAUUUUCCUUGCAAAAAGGGCUCCGUCGGUCGGACAGCGACGGUCGAACAGCGAUGGGUGAACUCCAUUUGCCCCAUUCGGUAAUGGAUCGUAGCUUUUAGUUUCGUUUCCGUUUUGCUGCGCAGCCGGUUGCGUACGGUUAAGCGCGUACAGCAAAAUGGUUUUUCAUAACGCGUGCACGUGACACAAAAAGUACGUCGGGAGAGGGAGUGUUCUUAAAAAAAAAGAAUUAAAUAUUUUACUACAAUUUAAUAUAGGUACUGUGGUACAACAACAAAAACUGCGUAAAAAUCGGUCCCUUUUUGUACACGGGGUAAAAAGUUUAAAAUGUGCAAUUUUCCAAAACGUUUACUUUGCCUUCGGACCUUUACGCUCAAGGCAACCGCAAAACAAGGGCACUACUACCGAUCUUCUCAUAACGAUAUGCCCCGGCUUUGCUUGUGUGGUUUGCACACUACCCAGCAGGUUAAUAACAUCCUCCAGCCGGCACAUUCUGCCGUAGUGCACCGUGCGGCUAAUGUAAUAAAGUAGAUAAGAAAGAGAUCACCCCUGGGAAAAUCCCAAGCGUUCGAGGUUCGAGCUCGUUUCGACGCGCUCUCGGGCAAGGCAUUGCCUCCAUUUGGUCAUGUUCCGUGUCCCUGUGUGUAAUGUCAACGAGCAAGAUCAGGCCAGGUAAGGCCCGUCCCGGGGUUUGGGUCACAACACAACACGACGAACGCCCCCUGUGUCUCUUUCGCGCUCGACCAAAAUGCCGUAGGGUGGCACUUGGGAACGCAGGAGGAUUCGCCAUUCGCCGCGAAAAUUCAUACGAAAAAUCACGUUUUCGUAAUCUCGUUUAAUCAUGGUGUGCCGUUUUGGGGUGGCGCUGUGGCGACCCCUUUGCAUCACACACACAAAUGAUGAGGGCAAUAUUCCACGGUGUGUAAGUUUGUGAGUUGAUAAAAAGGAGCUGGAAGAGCGGCCGCCAAUUUCGCCGGCAAAUGGCACUUUAUUUAGGCAUAAAGAAAUGCCGAAAAGGGCACGACGGUUGCAAAACAGAAGAAGAAAAAAACGCCGAACGCGCUUCGAUGGUUCUUAUCGCGAACGGAUAAUCUUCAAAAUGUCCUGCCUUACAGGUACAAACACACACACACACAACGAGCAAAAAAUGCCCUGGGGAGAGGAUUAGGAAUGAAAAGGGGAACAGGAAAAGGGCGGUUGAAGCUCAGCAAAAAACCUCAAACCAUGUUUGGGUAGAGGAAAGUAAGAAAACAACAGCAAAGGUAGCGCCGCGAGACAUCAUAAUCAUAAUCGGUUGAGAUUAAUGGUCCUUCGAACCGGAGGCCGACAUUGACAAUGAUGGUGCGAGGUCAGCCACCUUUAGCCAAAUAUAGUUUGGUUUCGCCUCUUGUUAUCAGUUUAUUGUCGUUUGGCUAGUAGCAGGUGGUGGUUCGGAUUUCUGCUGUCUUGUUUUCUUACAAUUUAUGAUAAUUGAAUGGUUAUUUAUAAGCAAUUGAUGGGAAUUAUUUAUUACAUGGCUCCAAUUCGUUCGCUAUUUAAGAGUAUAUGCGUGAGUGAUGUUAAAAGGACGUUAAAGUGUGUGUCCUUUAAGAUUAAUUUAGAAAUUAAAAGAUAUGUAUAGUAAAAUGCACAUAUUUCUUACUUAUUAUGUUCUUUUUACCCUAAUCUAUUGGUAUGAGUUAUUUUAAAAUCUAUUCCCAUUACUUGAAGAACUUAUUAAGAGCCUAAAAGCUUUUUUAUUUCCAUUCCACCUCGAUACGCAAAGAUAAAUCCGAACAAAAGCCUAUUGCCAAAAUGAAUUAUUGUAAAUUAAAAACGACCCUAAAGCUUCAUCCACACUCAAAACGCCCAUUUGCUAGGCAGCGUUACCUAUCCCAGAUUAAAUUUUGAAGCAUGAACUUCCGGCGGGACGUACGCUUCUCCCAUCCGCUUCCGCAAACAAAUUGCUUCCAUUUAUACGCCGGUGCAGCGCAAACGGUGUGUCGACAGCACCUGUUAAACGAAAAUGUUCUUGAUUACACUUUCCAAAGUAGGCUGCUGGGAGAGUGUGUGUGUUUUUUUCUUUUCUUUGUGCGCUCGCUUCACCCACCUUUUGCGCACACGUGUCGGCGCCCCGCCGACUCCGCAGACGAAAGCAUGUGAUAAUAAGGCUACUUGGAUACCGGAGCACAUAUUCUGCCGCAAUUACUACAGACACAGCUUCCCCGGUUCCGUUUUACGCUGUAAUAACCGUUUUCUCGAACGUCCCCCCUCCUCGUAAUGAGAUGAUACGCGUAUGUCUGCAUGCGCCAAUUUCUUAACCACAUGGAAAGCAAGCAAGGGACGCCCGCCGCGUCCAACGUAUGCUUCGUCUAGCAAGCAAGCCUAACGGACGGCAAAAGCGCCCCGUUUGCCACAAAUUCUCGCAAUCAUGUCUGAUUACCAGGUCGGCGCCACAUACCCACACACACACACACUCCCGUGCGGUGGAUAUAUGGCCCGUCGCAGAAAUAUUAAUCCUGUCAGGUUUUUGCCACCAAUAGCCGAGGGAGCUUAUUCGUCGUCCCGUCAGGACCUCCCGUUGGGUCGAAAGGGCCCAGGGUUUUUGUGAUGUGUACCGCACCGAAAACGCACGGCGCACGGGCAUGGGAGGCUGAUUCUAUCGCUGUACUGGGCGUACGAUAAAAGGGGUGCUAGGGAGGACGAAGUUGUGGAAAAGUUUUCAAUAUGCGCUAGAACAGUGGAAAGGGUUCGGGUGUGAAUAUGAAUAAUGUUAAACUUGUUAGCUUUCACUUCGAAGCGCUCAGGCUCACUUUGCUGAGGGUAUUUUGUUUUUUUCGCUCGCUCUUUUUCUCCUUUUCUUUCUAGGGUAUGUAUCUAAGGGCAAAUAUUAGAAAUGUUGAUCUAAAGGGAAAAGGGGAGGGAGGAUCUUUCAAGGGCUCUUUCCUCUGCAAGCAUACUUGUUUUAUAUGUAUUUUACUUUUUUUGCGCAACCGCUCUCCAAAGCAGAUACAAAAGUUUAUCUUUUGCAUAAUUCCACUAGAAGCGAACGAUAAGGGUUGUUGUACUGUCAGCCUCUCGCCGAGGAAACUAAAAACAAAUCUCCCAAAAGAACAAAUAUUGAUGCAUUUACAAGCCAUCGAACUUUAUAGCACGCUGGGAUGAAAAACACAUCAAAUUUCUUGUGUUAUGCUAAAGCCUCUUUUUGUUCCCGUUGGAACGACUUUAUUGGUCCAAGGGUGCAGAGAGAAACACAGCUUGACCUGCCCGUGCUUCAAUUAACCAAGUGCAGCGCUCCUCAACUUCAUUCAACCUCUUUUUAUGACCGGCUUCCCUAGCUCUCGACCAGCAACCAGCAGCAUCCUUUCCGUGCCGGUUCCUGGUGGCCGGGGUUGCAAAUCCUAUUUAUGAAACAAGGCUGCUGUUGCUGCUACGUAAAAGGAGUUCCUUUUGUUCGUUCAAGCACAUCCCAACCACUGUAAUAACAGUGAACACCCCUGGAACACGUUACGACAAGCUCGAUCAGCAGCAUACGCGAUCGGAGUGAAGGUGGAAGGUGUCACAUUUGAUCCCUCCCAACUGCAGCGGGUAAGGAUGCGACGAUCGCACCUGAUGGGGAGUACGAAACCGAAGAUCCUAGCACGAAAUGAGAUCGAUCUUCACGGCCCGAGCACGAGGUGCCAAUGAGGAGGAGGUUUCCACUUUAUGUUCCAUUUCACACGCGCCAGGUAGGAACAAGACACACUGGAGGAAAGACGGGGUGCACAAAAAUAACAUUAGCAUAACACAUUGACCUUACUGCGCGCGGGUGCGAAUGUAGUACCUCCUGAGACCGGGCCGGGCGGAUUUCCUGUUACCUGCUGUUACCGGGAAGAUCCUUUACCGUUUAUUCAAGAGGUCCUUAGAGAUCGUCCUGCAUGAUGGAACGUGUUGCAUUGUGGGCUACCCGGGCUGCAAUGUUUGUGAUCGUAUUGGUAAGGUAACGCCCUCCGGAAUGUGUGCCCAGCAGGAUCCUGGAUGCUGCAGGACUGCUGCUGGCGAAGGUAGCUACCAUCCAGGUGUGUGCUCGGGCAGGUCAAGCAGGCAAAGGAUCGAUACGGAAUUCGACAGGGCUACGCAAAGGUGGUCCCUUUGGAGGAAAGGUAAACGAUUCUCCUUUGGGUAUUUAACAUAGCUGCACCGGUGUGUUGAACAUCAUUCGCUUUCGGAACGUUCAUCAGAGCAGUAGAGUCACGUCGGCCGACUAAUCUUUGUGCUUGAUCUUCAUCUCGGGAACUCACCAAGUUGUGUGUAGUUGCUCAAGUUCAGUUUCAAACCAAAUUCCGUGUCUCUGUGUUGUGUGAAUUCCAUUCAAACCAAGCAACCAAUCAACCACCAUGUGUAGCUACGCCGUGCAAAACCAACGUGACAACAUGUGCUGGUGCUUUGAAGAGAUCAGUCUCAUGCUGCUAGUGCAACGCAUCCUGAUGUAUCUGUGGUAUCGGCUACUUUUGAAAAUGUUCCCGCGCCUAAGCGUCCUUCCAAACUGCCACGAGUGUUCACCAAGGCGCAGUCUGCCCUGCGGACAGCUAGCCGACGAAUACUGGAAAGCGUCCUACUUCUCCCGCCAUCCCUUGUACGACAGCAACCUACAGCAAGCGUUCCCUACCGCCGGUUUCUGCAACCACAUGCCACCAACGGAACCGAUCUGCGGUGCAAUCGAUGCAAUGUUCGAGCAUCAGCAGCAGGACGAGGACGACGAACCGGAAGAGUUCAACUUUAACUGCAGCGAUAUUAGCCACAUCUACCAGAGCACCUUCCUGGACGACGAGUACGACGAGUGCCUGCUGGCGAAGGAUAUUGCGUGGGACGCACCGGUGCCGGAGGUGAAAGCGAAAGCCGCCCUGCCACUGGAGCAGGAAAUCUCGCUGCUGCUGAACGAUUACUACAUCGACGACGAUCUGGACGACCAUCUGCAGAUGGCCGAGUAUCAGACGGCGAUCGGGAGCAGCAUGUUGUGCUGUGAUUCGUUUCUCGAAUAGUGUCCAUAGACGUGGCGAGUGAUAUAGUUCCUAAAUCGUGAUAGUUCCUUAGGUUUACGGAUUCCGGAUUUGUACAUACGACGCCUUCCCCUAGCAGAGUAGGAUAGAUUUAGCGAGAGAUGAUAGGUUUUAAAUUUAUCAUUUAAUAACAAUGAAUACAAUUUGUCUACAAAUAAUCAAAAAGCCCCUUUUUGUUUGAGUGUUUUUGUUGUGGGAAAUUCUUGAGGGUUUUGUUUCAAAAGGAUUACAAAGGAUCUAUGUGGAAUUGCAU